AUGCAUGCUUCACGGGUGUUUAUAAGCCACCAUUACUCUAAAACAAGGAUAUUCCAUAGACAGUAAAAGAUUCCCAGUCUUCCGAUCCAUAAAACUCGAGUCUCGUCGCGUCGCUGCGCUCGUUCACGCGCCCGCGCGUUCCCAGCGAUUAUGUAAAUGAGGCCCGCGACCGUAGCACAGUGAUCGGCGAGACUAGAGUAUAUUCCGCUCGCGAUGACUGGAAGAUCGUGGACCCCCGAGGCGGAGGAGACUCUGAUCGAGCUCUGGCAGCAGUCUGCAUGUCUGUACGACAUCUCCUCCGCAGACUACCACAACCGAGAGGAGAAGGACAAGCGCUGGAGGGAGGUCUCCGAGGCGCUGCAGAUGCCCGUGGAGGCGGUGGCGACCCGGGUGGCGUCUCUGAGGACUCAAUAUGCCAGACUGAAGAAACCUAAAGCAAACACGGGUGAGAGGAAGCCCCUCACGAUGAGGCAGCGCUGGCUCCUGAGGGCCCUUGAUUUCCUGAAGCCGCACAUCGUUCAUCGGCGGCACGAGACCACUCUGGGUUUGCCGUCCUCUGAUAAAGCGGAGGACGCUCUGGACGAGUCGGAUGAAAUGUCUCAGGAGACGGAUAAAGAAGUGGACAGCUUCGACUCCAUCAGUGUGUGUCUCUCCCCGAUGCCUGACACUCCAGACACCGGCAUCCCUGAGGAAACAGCCUCGUGCUCUCCGUCUCCCCGGAGCACAUCCGGCAAACGCACACGUUCCUCCGAACCCGACAUCGAGCUGCAGAAGCUGGAGGUGCUGAAGCAGAUGUCCGCUAAGGUCCUGGAGAACCCGUCUCUGGACGCCGCGGCGGUCUUCUCCAGCCAGGUGGCCCUCGAGUACCGUCUGCUCAGAGACCCCAGCGUCCAGAUGCGCGUCCGCAGACAGAUCAUGGCUCUUCUCUACGAAGCACAGGAUUCAGAGAGACUUCCUCGAGCGCCCAAGAGACACGAACAGAGAGUGCUCAAAACUGAGGAUCAACACUAAUAUAUACGGUGAAAUGUGGUUCUUGUUUGUUUUAGAUGUUUUACUGAACUAUUUUUCUUGGUGGAGGCUUUGAUAAAAUCUACAUGUUAGAUAAUAAAACAAUUUGAACAUCA